CCACUGGUAACAGCGGAGCGCUGCACGCGCGCUGCGUAAAACCAGCAGAGACGCGCGGAGCCACGUCCCAGGUUUCAAGCAUGAACAUCUGAGUUUAUAUUUACACUGGAAGCUCUGAUAAUGCGGUAAUGCCAUGAAGAUGGAGGAAGUCUUUAACGCCUCAGACUGUAGCGGCGCGAACGUCUCCGCAAACUGCAGCGACGGCUUCAACAAGUUCGUCCAGCCGCUUUGGCAGAUCGCGCUGUGGGCCGUGGCUUAUUUGGGCAUCGUGCUGGUGUCUGUGGUCGGAAACGUGGUGGUCAUUUGGAUUAUUCUGGCGCAUAAACGCAUGAGGACUGUCACCAAUUACUUUCUGGUGAACCUUGCCUUUGCUGAAGCUGCCAUGUCAGCAUUCAACACAGUGAUCAACUUUGCCUAUGCCGUUCACAAUGAGUGGUACUUUGGAUUGAUUUACUGCCAUUUCCACAACUUCUUCCCCAUUGCCGCCAUAUUUGCAAGCAUUUACUCCAUGACGGCCAUAGCUCUGGACAGAUACAUGGCUAUAAUCCACCCUCUGAAGCAGAGGCUGUCUUCCACUCAGACUCGGAUGGUGAUUGGUGUGAUUUGGGUGCUGGCUCUGCUCCUAGCCUUUCCUCAGUAUCUCUACUCUUCGACAGCAGUGCUGCCCGGACGCACGGUCUGCUUCAUAGACUGGCCAGAAUACAACUCUGUUGACUUCAGAAAGAUCUACUAUGUGUGUGUGACGGUGCUGAUCUAUUUCCUGCCCUUGUGCAUUAUGGGAUGGGCGUAUAUGACGGUGGCGGUCACACUCUGGGCGAGCGAGAUUCCCGGAGAUUCCUCCGAACACUACGCGGAGCAACUCACGGCCAAGCGCAAGGUGGUGAAGAUGAUGAUCGUGGUUGUGUGCACCUUUGCCGUUUGCUGGCUGCCCUACCACGUCUACUUCCUGCUGCACCAGUUUUUCCCUGAACUUUUUGAGGAGCGCUACAUCCAGCAGGUCUACCUAACCAUCAUGUGGCUGGCCAUGAGCUCCACUAUGUACAACCCCAUCAUCUACUACUGUCUAAACAGCAGGUUCAGAGCAGGCUUUCAGCAGGUAUUUUGUUGCUGUGCUCCUACUGUCAACAAAGAGGAAUUGUUGGAGCUUAAAUCCCCUCGUUACCUGCAAACCCAGGUCAGCAUAUACCGUGCAAGCCGAAUGGAGACGGUUGUUUCAACUGCAGCAACCGAGGCGACAGCUGUUGAUGCGGACUUUCAUUCUCAUGUGGAUGUCACAACGAACGGCUCAGCUUCUGACACUCUGCCCAAAACCUCUCAUGUUUCCACAAACCGGGACAACGUGUGGAGAUGUUCCAAUUUGUCACAGGAGAAAGCCGGUACUUAGAGACCUAUGUAAAAUACAUGGCUGUAAUAUGUUCAUCCCUGAUUAAUCUCAUGAAACAAUAUGGUUGUGUAUGAGACCUGAGAGAUAUUUUAUACACGCAUCUGCUGUGUCAUUCAUCAUUAAUCAACUCCACAGCUUAGCGUCUUUAUCCCUUUUGUUCAUGAGCAGAGAGGGACCCUUAUUAUUUGCUUGGCAACAGUAUAAAGUCAACUUGUUUAAAGACGGGGUUGGUGUACUGCCUACAGACUACCCACGGGUACAGAGCCAGCACCUGUUGGACAAGUUUAGCCCCUUGUUUUGACAAUGUGUGGAACAGGGUUCAGUUUGCAGCAGCCAGGUCACGGGCUCAGCUAAAUAUAGAAGUUCACAGAUGGGAAAAGGGACAUAGCAUGACAGAGACUUUGGUGAAACAAUGAAUGUAAAAGGGAGAAGUUCCAUCUGUUAGGACCAGGGUUAUUAAAGUUUAAUGCUACAGACAUAGAAGGAAAUGUCAAUGUUACAGGUUAACAUGCAAAUGUUUGUAUUUUGUGUUUGUAUCCAGCCUUUUGAUUGACUGCUGAUCUAUUUAGAGUCUAUCCAAUCUCUUGCCAAGGAUAUUUUUAAAUUGGCCCAGUGGCAGAGCAUGUAAGCGGAGUGGAAGAAAUAUGGUGGAGCGCAGAGCUCCGCUACAGUUCGUUACGAUGAGCUCACGUCAAUUAAAAAUGUUGAAGUGUAUCAUUUGUAAAAUAAGAUUUAGUUGAUGUAAGUUUGAUUUUUUUCAACAUGUUUUUUUAAUUGUAAAACACUUGCAGUUCAACUAUUUUUUUUUUUCCUUAAAAAAUAUGUGUUGCACAAGCCGUGCAAUUGUGUGAUAAAAACUGGGAUAAAAUAUCAUAAAAACAUACUCUAAUUAUACUUAACAAUACAGAGUGAGUUUGCAUAAAGUGAUUGUUGUGGUAAGAGCUUGUUUUUGAAAAUGGAUCACAUACAUGCAUUAUACGCUAUUAUCUCAUUUCCAAUGUGCUGCAAAGUGACCUUUUUUAAUGUUAUCUAGUAAAAUAAAGUAAUAAUUAAAUACGAAAAGCGGGGCAACAUGAAUGGAGCGAGGUGUUACGUUCACAGCUGGGAAACAGUGCGAUCAUUUAAUAGCAAGUUAAAUAAUUUCAAUUCAGUUUAUUUCUAUAGCGCCAAUUCACAACACAAGUCAUCUCAAGGCACUUUACAGUUCAACCAGAUCAUCCAGUCACAAUGAUUCACAGUUUUCUAUCUAA